UAACGGGUACGCGAUAUCUAAAGCCCAUAGUCCGACGUGACGUUUAAAGAUAAAUAUACGUGUCCGUCAGUAACGCGACCUGGCUAUUAUACAGAAGUUAAGUACAAUUCAAGGAUUCGAGGAGCUGUGCAUUCGUGGAGUCGCGUCUUUCCUCGGAUCUGACUUCUGCUAGAAAGUAUCCCCGUCGAAGCGACUCGCCUCAAAAAACUAGUUAACCCGACGACAAGUUUCCAUUUGUGAAAAACGGCGUUCUCCGCGUUGCGGCUCCGCGCAAACCGGUACGCGUGCGUUUCGCGCGCGAUCCUCCGCGAUCCUCCUGCGCGGAUCUCCCUCGAAAACGGAACGUGUGUCGCGUGUCUGGACCCGGUUCGGAAUGCGUUCGAAACUCGUGCAAAAUGUUCGAUGACGACGAGUCGCGUGAGUCGCUGUACGCUCGCGCAGCUGUUCGCUUCGAAACCGACGGGUGGGCGAGCACGAUUGGUAGUUCGCGACGCGUACGGAACCAGUUUCCAGCUCGAAACCGGUUUGGAACUGGUUUCCUUCGGUUUUUCGGCCCCCGCGAAAGCCACGCGCAGCCGGCAUCCACGAAUAGCACUCCGACCGGAUUACUCGGCACGAUCGCAACAUCGUCGGCGCGCUGAUUUUCGCCUGGACGAUCAUGGCCGAUAAUAAGGAACCGAAAGAGGACAACAUCGAUGGUCACAUGGAAGUCAAGGUGGAGCCAAACCUUCAAUGCUAUGUCGAGGAGGAGCACGAGAGCGGCUUUUCGAGUUUGGAGAACGCCAGCGCGAUACCGUCGAGCGUCGACGUGGGCGCGUUGAACCUGUGGACCAGCAAGGCUACCACCUGCCUGAUCAGACAAUACAAGAAGUACCGAUCGAUGGUCGGGCAAUCGACGCAGAUCAGGAGUCUGCGAGAGAUGUUUGAAAUGAUAUCGCUGGAGAUGCAGAACUACGGCUUCUACUUCAGUCCGCAGAAGUGUGAAAACAAAUGGCGAGUGCUCGAGCGCAAGUACAAGAAUAUCGUGUCUCGCGAGCGACAAAAGAAACCCGGCAGGAUGCGUCACUACGGACAGUGGGAGCACAAGCCCGCCUUGGACGAGAUCUUCAACGAAACGAGGCACAUGUAUUUGGAAACGAACGAGCCGCAGCCGCCGUGCGGAUCGGCAAAGUAUCCUUUGAUCUUGCCGAAGUCCGACUGUGAUCAGGGCGGUAACUCACCUGGCGAUCGGCAACGCGAGGAUUCUUUGGCGUCCACGAUCAACAAGAAGGACAAUGAUACGUUUAAUCAUCAGCGAUUCCUGUCAUUUGAUAAAUUUAUUGAGGAAAUAGGAAAGUACUACGCUUUGGCCGAGAAGAAUAAAGAAAGGCGGCAUGAAGAAAAAAUGGCCGCGAAACAUAAAGAGUUGGAAUUACAAAAGCAGCUUCUUAAGCUGAAGGAACAGAAGAUGGAGUUGCAAAAAUGUCAGAUGAUCGCUGCCGUACAAAACUUGCGCUUGAAUAUGAAGUGACAGGGGUCGCCCAGAUUGUCACGAAUACAAAAUAAUUUAUAUGUACGUUUUUUUAAUUCAAUUAAGAAAUAUUUUAUA